AUGACCUCUAGCUGCGAUUUGAUGUACUGGAGAAACCCGGUCGAGACCGGGAAAGUAUUCGGUGGCGCCUUGGUGGCGUUGCUGGUGCUCAAAAAGGUGAAUUUGAUCACAUUCGUGCUCCGCAUCCUGUACACCACAAUGUUCGCCACGGCGUCCGUGGAGUUUUUGUCAAAACUGUUCUUGGGCCAGGGUCUGGUGACCCGCUACGGCAUCCAGAGCUGUCCCAACGUUGUGGGCUUCUUGAAGCCCCGCAUCGACACCGCUUUGACGCAACUUCCCCCUGCCAUGGCCAAGUUCCGCACCACGCUCAUGGCCCAGUCGCCAAAAACCACAUUCAAGGCCAGCGGUGUUCUGUACGUGUUGUGCAAGCUGUUCAGCGUGAUGUCGCUGUGGACCACCCUUCUCGUCGGCACCAUCGCCGCCUUCACUUUGCCUGUCGUUUACAAGACCUUCCAAAAGGAAAUCGACGCCACCGUCGCCCAGGGUGUUGAGGCCGGAAAGCACCACGCCUCCGCCUUGCAAUCCACCGUCUCCGAAAAGGCCUCCCCAUACAUGAAGCAGCUGGAUGAGAAGAUGGGCCCAGUGUCGGGAUUCAUCAAGUCACGUGUACCUGCCACCAGAGUCGGAGGCUCUAACGUCACUGCGGAGUCCUCCACCGCGAAAUUGGCCGCCCAGGUGCCCUUCGAAGAGCCCGCCCAGGCCACAACCUCCUCUGCCGACUUCCCAACCGUUCCCUCGACCCACUUGGGCAACGGCCACAUCGUCACCGACGAAACCACUGGUCUGGCCCACGAAGUCCACGAAGCCCACGAGCCCAUCAGACAAUGA